GUCCAGCCUGCACCACGAUUUUCUCAUUUCUCCUCCCUCCGCCGCUCUCCGCCAAGCUCCUCUCCUCUCCUCUUCUCCAACGCCACAAGCUCAGAUCAUGGGGAAGGGCCCUGGUCUCUACUCCGACAUCGGCAAGAAAGCCAGAGAUCUUCUCUACAAGGAUUACCAGAGCGACCACAAAUUCACCGUCACUACUUACACUUCCGGCGGAGUUGCUAUCAGCUCAACUGGAGUUAAGAAAGGUGAGCUAUUUUUGGCAGAUGUUAGCACUCAGCUGAAGAACAACAACAUCACAACUGAUAUAAAAGUUGACACCAACUCCAAUGUUCACACUACUGUUACUAUUGAUGAACCUGCUCCUGGAUUGAAGACAAUUUUUAGCUUUCGUGUUCCUGAUCAGAGAUCUGGCAAGGUUGAUCUCCAAUAUCAACAUGAAUAUGCUGGAAUAAGCACUGGCAUUGGUCUGACGGCCAGCCCCAUUGUCAAUUUCUCCGGCGUUGUUGGAAAUGAUAAACUGUCACUUGGCACAGAUUUGUCGUUCGACACUGCUUCAGGAAACAUUACCAAGUUGAAUGCAGGCUUGAGUUACACUCAUUCUGAUCUCAUUGCUGCUCUUACCUUGAACGACAAAGGCGAUGCUCUUACUGCUUCCUACUACCACCUAGUGAGCCCAUUGAGCAACACAGCCGUUGGUGCGGAGCUGUCUCACAGCUUUUCGAGCAACGAGAAUACUCUCACAAUAGGCACACAGCAUGCUCUUGACCCCCUGACUUCGGUGAAGGCUCGGGUGAACAACUAUGGCAGGGCAAGUGCUCUAAUUCAGCACGAAUGGCGUCCGAAAUCCUUGUUCACCAUUUCAGGAGAAGUGGACACCAGGGCUAUCGAAAAGAGUGCGAAGAUCGGUCUGGCCUUGGCUCUUAAGCCUUAGAAAAUAUGUGACCUCCUUGGAUUUACUGGAGGGUAAUAAGGCUUCACAUAACGUAGACAGUUAUUUUUCCAUUUUCCUGUUUCCCCGCCCAAACUGGGAAUAUUGGUUCUUUUUCCAUUGGUUGCUGCAUCUGUCGGAGGUCGUGGGUUGUGAAAAUAAUUGAUAUGAACAACCAAACCAAUGUUCUUUUACCGUCGAUGUCAACGGUGGUUUCUAAAUUCAAUUGAAAUUUUUACUUAGCCU